AUGUCAUAGAAAAAAAACGAUUGUGAAUUGAUCUUAAUUGAUCCUUCAGACGAAACAGAAAUUAAACCUAUCAAAAUCUUAAAAAAAAUUGUUACCAAUGCUGGUGGUGUUAGGUAUCUUGUAGAAUAUAGCAAUGGUGAAUAAAAAUAAGAAACUGAAAAAUAUAUGAAGGAAAAUUAUUAAGAAUUAAUUGAAGAUUAUAAUUAUUUCUCUGUUUGUGGUAGUAGAUUCGAUUAAUUAACUUUAUAAAAAAUGAGGGAAAAUAACAAUAAAAUGUAAAAUUUUGAAAAUCAUGCUAAACUACCUUCGAUUCCAUCUGAUGAAAAUUAUCCAAUUUUUAAAAGGCAAAAAAAAAUUGAUAAACAAACAGAAAAAAAUAAUAAGUUAAACAAUAAUUAAAUUUUACCAUUGCCUUAAUAAUAAUAGUAAUAAUUGUAAUAAUAAGUAUAGAAUUAGUCAUAAUAACAUUAAUAAUAAUAACAAUAAUAAUAAUAAUUAUUUUAACAAUAAUAAAUAUAAUAAAUCUAGUAGUAAAAUAAUUUUAUUUAGAAUGAAAAAAGUUUAAUUAAAUAAUAAUAAAUCCAAAAUUAAUCCCUACUUUAAUAAAAAUCAGAAUUAGGAGAUAAAAUUAAAUCUAUAUCAUUAGAAAAUGGAUUAUUUUUAGUUUAAUGGUAAACCAGACCUGAUGGUAAUAUACCAUAUCAAGAAUAUUACAAUUAUGACUUUUUAAAAGCUACUGCUCCAACUAUUUUAUUAUCAUUCUUAGAAUAAGAAUUUUUAAAUAAUGACUUAAAAUUUAAAAAUCUAAAAAGACAUUCUUUUUAAAAUACAAAUAAAGAAAAUAUUGAAAAUGAAAAUAACAAUUUAUAAAAUAAAGAAAUUUUAGUCAAUAAUAAUGAUAAAAUUUAAGAAAUAAUAGAUGUCUAAAAAGAAGUAUCAAAAGAAGAUUUUGUGAAUAAAAAAGAUACUUAAUUUGAAGAAGUAAAAGAAUAAAAAGAUAAUUCUAAAGAUAUUCUAAUAGAUGAUAUUUCAGUAGAUGAUGCUUAAGAAGUUAUUCUUGAUGAGAAAUAAACUGUUGAUAAAGAAAAAAAAUAGCAAUUAUAAAAAAAAGGUAUUAUUCCUACUUGUAAGCCUUAAGGAUAAAAUUAAAAAUAAAGAAAACAUAUUUCAGAAAAAGGAUAAGAAAUAUUUGCACUAGAUAAAGUAUAAGGAAAACUUGAUGAAAAAAUAUUUUAGAUGGAAAAACCAAUACCUAAGCAACAAGUAACAAUAAGUCAACCAAAAUUGAUAAACUAAUCAUUUCCAGCACAAUUUGCCUAGGUCUAAGCUUAAGAUGAAUUUGAAAUACUUGGUUCUUUGGAAAAACCAGACGAUAAAUAAAAUUAAAAUUAUGAAAAAGAACUUGAAGAAUGUUACUCUGAUGUUGAAUUGCCUCAUUUUUAAUUUAAUUAAAGUGAAAUUUGA